CACUAGCUGUCGACCAUCCCGGGCGGUAUUUCCAUCAGAUCAUCGAUCUCCACAGUACAGCGGCAAGAAUCUCGAUGCUCUCAAGGGUCUACUUGCAUUUUUUAUUCCUUACCUGCUAUCGCAGAAUCAAUAAGCAAUAGAAAAACUGCUUCAUGUCCCAAGUCUCCCUACCACCAUCCAAAAAACCCACUUGACACCAGGCUAGCAAUCCAUCGAUAGCCGAAGACAUAAUCUAGCUUUGGCAUUUUCAUAAUGGCAAACAAAUACUUCCUCCCAAACAUCGCUCCCUUGCACACGACCAUUCGUCUCGGUAGUCUCAUCCCCAACAUUAGUCAACCAGACCAAGACGCCUUCACCGGCCUAACCCUCGAACCCGGCACUGAUUACUUCAUACACCCACAAGCCAACCUCGGAAAACUUAUAAAAACGACCACGAACAAAUCCUUCGCGUUACAAGUCAUACAACUCCUCACCAGCUCAUUUUCUAAAUCAAACAGCGAUAGCCAGUGGUUGGAAGAGUGCGAAGUUCGUCAUUACCAACUUAGACAACCGAAAGCCUUGUUUAAGAAGACGUGUGAAAGUGACGAGGCUAAGGAGUGGCUACAGAAUGAGGUUGAGUACGGAAGUCGAGCUGUGUAUUUUACUGUCGGGUAUUAUACUGCGGUCGAUGCGACAGUUGGCCGGUCGUCGUCUUACACUUCUCAAACUUCCCUUGGGGUCCAAGUCCCCAUUGCGGAUAUCGCGAGCAUGGGAGCAACUCUCCCGCUGGGUGGUUUUGCGGAUUUAAACGUUGGCGGUGAGGUAGGAUAUGGCAGGGCCAAUAUACUAAUGGAUAAAGCGCGUAUGGAGGGGGAGAGGAUAUAUGCUAUUUGCUAUAGGAAAGUGCGGUUUAGUUUUUGGCCCUGGAAGGAUAAGCUUGAGAGUCGGAAAUUAGAGGAGGGGAAUUUUUGGCGUAUGACUUCGGAUAAUAGGGGAGAUGAUGAUGGGGAGAACGAUGAAGCUUUGGAAGUUGUAAUGGAGGAUUUAGAUGAGGAGGAUGAGGACAACGUGAAGGGGUUUGAGGUUUGAUGGUGGUGUAAGGCAAGAAAUCUAGCUCCGCACAACUUGGAUGCAAGGGUGC